CGCUUGACAACCGUGAACGCUUCGCGCAGGCGCAUUUCAGAUGAAUAAUGCAUUGUGGGAUUGGACGCUAUUGACAUAGCGACAGGAGAGCUGGUAGAGAAACAGUCUUUUUCCUAUUUUUUUAUCAAUAGUUUUGGGGAAAUUAUCAUUCCAACAACUGCUAUGAACGCGUCAGUGGCCAAAAAGACCCAAGACACUUUGGGGAAAGUGAUAAAGAAACCGCCGCUUACUGAAAAACUGCUCACCAAACCGCCGUUUCGAUACCUGCACGACAUAUUCAGUGAGGUGAUCCGGACCACUGGCUUCAUGAAGGGACUCUAUGUAGAAACAGAGAUGAAGUCAGACAAUGUGAAGGAUAAGGAUGCUAAGAUGGCUUUCCUGCAGAAGGCCAUGGACGUGGUAAUGCUGGUGAGCGGUGAGCCGCUGUCGGCCAAGCCGGCACGCAUCGUAGCCGGCCACGAGCCCGAGAAGACCAAUGAGCUGCUGCAGGCUAUAGCCAAGUGCUGCCUCAACAAGCUGUCCAGUGAGGAGGCAGUGAAGCGGGUGCUGACGGGGGACAAGCUGGACCCCAAAGGGAAGGCCAGCACCUCCCGUUCCCAGGACAAGGAGAACCGGGAGGGACGAGAGCGCCACAGAGACCGAGAGGAGAGGAAGGAGAUACGAGAGCACAGCGUCGGUGGAGGCCGGGAGAAGAAGGACCCGGACCAGCCCAAAGAGCAGGAGGACAGGCGAGGCAACAAGGAGAAGGAGCCCCACCGCGAGGGAGAGCGGUCGGAGAAGGCCCGCGAACGAGACCGGACCAAAGACCGCGUCAAGGACAAGAGCCGGGACCGAGAGAGGGACAAAGACAAGAGAAGAGAGAAAGACGGGGAACGAGACAAGGAGAGGGAGAAGGACAGAGGCGGAGAGAAGAGCAAAGACAAGGAGACACACAGAGCGAGAGACCGAUAUAGGGAGGAAGAUGGAGACAGGGAUAAACGGCGAGAGAAGGGAGAAAGGGAGAAGGCGAGAGAGACCAGACACAAACAGGGGGAGGAGAAGACCAAAGUGCCAGAGAAAGGGGACAAAAAGGCCAGAGCGUCAGAGGAGUCAAAACACCGACCACAUCCAGAGGAGCCCGGUAAAACGACGAAACCUGAACUAGCGGCCGCAGAAGUCACAGACAAGCAGUCUGACAGUCCAGCCAGAAUACCCCGGCCUUCAUCUGCUAAGGGGCAGAGGCGCAUGCCCAAAGCAGGAGCCCAACAAGAGUCUGACGGUGAAGGAGAUGGAGACACUCCGUUGGCAGAGAGGCCGGUCCCCCUGGAGAACGGCGAUGCCACAGACGCAGUGCCAGCCCACAUGGCCCACAGCAACCGAAGGAUACCUCGGCCCAACAGCGCACGGCCCGCCCCUCCUCGGUUCAAGAGACAGGAGAGCUAUGCUGACGUGACCCCGGCCGAACGGCUGACCAGUGCCAAGCCCCCAGCAGCUGUCAUAAUGGAGGGGAAGAAGCUCUCUGAGGAUGAGGAGGAGGAUGAAGAUGAGCAGUUUGUGGUGCAGGAGGCUGCCCCUCCUCCCCCCGACAUGCCCGACAUGGAGAUGGAUCCUUCAGUGGGACUUCAAGGCGAUGAGAAGCAUGGUGGGCUGGUGAAAAAAAUCCUUGAAACCAAGAAAGACUUUGAAACAUCACCAUCAUCUCCAAAGUCCAAAGACCAGACACAAAGCCUGGUGUCGGAGGCGGCCAGGAAGAAGGAGAGGGAGCUGGUGUCCAGGGAGAUCGAACGGCUGCGCUCGUCCAUCCAGACGGUGUGCCGCAGCGCCCUGCCCCUGGGCAAGAUCAUGGACUACAUCCAGGAGGACAUGGACGCCAUGCAGAACGAGCUGCACACCUGGAGGAGGGAGAACAAGGAGCAUGCACAGGCCCUGCUGCAGGAACAGAGAGUGACGGACAACGCCGUGGAGCCUCUGAAGGCCGAGCUAGCCGAGCUGGAGCAGCUGAUCAAGGAGCAGCAGGACAAGAUCUGCGCUGUGAAGUCCAACGUCCUGAAGAACGAGGAUAAGAUCCAGAAGAUGGUGACCAGCAUCAACUUCUCCUCGCGAACAUGAGGGGGAGCCAAGGUCCAAAUAAAGGGGUUCGCUCCCUUAAUCAAAA